AUGGCGGCUGGCCGGCAGGGCUGGCUGCUCUGCGCCUUGCUCCUGUGCUCGGCCCACGGUGAGCUGUACACACCCAUCCACAAGGCUGGCUACUGCACCUUCUAUGAAGAAUGUGGAAAGAAUCCGGAGCUGUCCGGAAGCCUCACAUCACUGUCCAACGUCUCCUGCCUGUCUAACACACCAGCCCACCAUGUCACAGGUGACCACCUGGCCCUCCUGCAGCGCAUCUGUCCCCGACUCUACAAUGGUCCCAACAGCACCUAUGCCUGCUGCUCCACCAGACAGCUGGUGUCUCUGGAAAGUAGCAUGUCUAUCACCAAGGCCCUCCUCACCCGCUGCCCAGCCUGCUCUGACAACUUUGUGAGCCUGCACUGUCACAACACCUGCAGCCCCAACCAGAGCCUGUUCAUCAAUGUCACCCGUGUGGUCUCCCAGGGGUCCGAUCAGCCUCCAGCUGUGGUGGCCUACGAGGCCUUCUACCAGAGAAGUUUCGCAGAGCAGGCCUAUGAGUCCUGCAGCCGGGUGCGCAUCCCUGCGGCUGCCACGCUGGCCGUGGGCAGCAUGUGUGGUGUGUACGGUUCUGCCCUCUGCAACGCCCAGCGCUGGCUCAACUUCCAGGGGGACACAGGGAAUGGCUUGGCCCCACUGGACAUCACCUUCCACCUCCUGGAGCCUGGCCAAACCCUGGAGAGUGGGAUACAGCCACUGAACGGGGAAAUCACACCUUGCAAUGAGACCCAAGGUGAAGACAUGGCUGCCUGCUCCUGCCAGGACUGUGCAGCGUCCUGUCCUGUGAUCACCCAACCCCCGGCCCUGCGCCCUUCUUUCUACAUGGGCCGACUGCCUGGCUGGCUGGCCCUCAUCCUUAUUUUCUGUGCCGUCUUCAUCCUGAUCACCGCCAUCCUGGUGCGUCUUCGUGUGGUUUCUGACAGGAACAAGAAGAAGAAGAUGGCAGAACCCCAGGUGGCCCCCAGCCACUCUCAGAAGCUCAAGCCCUCCCCCCACGCCGUCCUUGGUCGGUUCUUCCAGAGCUGGGGCACAAAGGUGGCCUCAUGGCCGCUGACCGUCCUGGUGGUGUCCAUCUUGGUUGUGGUUGCCUUGGCCAUGGGCAUGAUCUACAUAGAGCUCACCACAGACCCUGUGGACCUGUGGUCAGCCCCCAAAAGCCAAGCUCGAAAGGAGAAGGAAUUCCAUGACCAGCAUUUUGGCCCUUUUUUCCGAACCAAUCAGGUUUUCCUGACAGCUCUGAAUCGGUCUAGCUACACGUACAACUCCCUGUUGCUGGGGCCCAAGACCUUCAGUGGGAUCCUGUCCCUCGACCUGCUGUUGGAGGUGCUGGAGCUGCAGGAGAGGCUGCGACACCUGCAGGUGUGGUCACCCGAGGAGCAACGCAACAUCUCACUGAGUGACAUCUGCUACGCGCCCCUCAACCCACACAACACCAGCCUCUCCGACUGCUGUGUCAACAGCUUCCUGCAGUAUUUCCAGAACAACCGCACGCUCCUGCUGCUCACCGCCAACCAGACGCUGAUGGGCCAGACUGCCCAGGUGGACUGGAGGGACCACUUCCUCUACUGUGCCAACGCCCCCCUCACCUUUAAAGACGGCACAGCCCUGGCCCUGAGCUGCAUAGCUGACUACGGGGCUCCUGUCUUCCCUUUCCUCGCUGUGGGGGGGUACCAAGGGGAUGACUACUCUGAGGCAGAAGCUCUGGUCUUAACCUUCUCCCUCAACAACUACCCUGCUGGGGACCCCCACCUGGCCCAGGCCAAGCUCUGGGAGGAGGCCUUCUUGGAAGAGAUGAAGGCCUUCCAGCAGAGGACAGCUGGCAAAUUCCAGGUGGCAUUCAUGGCCGAGCGCUCUUUGGAGGACGAGAUCAACCGUACCACCAUAAAGGACCUGCCUGUCUUCUGUGUCAGCUACGUUGUCAUCUUCCUGUACAUCUCCCUGGCCCUGGGAACCUACUCCAGCUGUGACCGAGUAUCGGUGGAAUCCAAGGCCACCUUGGGCCUGGGUGGGGUGACCGUGGUGCUGGGAGCAGUCAUAGCUGCCAUGGGCUUCUUCUCCUACCUGCGCAUUCCCUCCUCUCUGGUCAUCCUCCAAGUGGUACCUUUUCUGGUGCUGGCCGUGGGAGCUGACAACAUCUUCAUCUUUGUUCUUGAGUACCAGAGGAUGCCUCGAAUACCCGGGGAGCAGCGAGAAGCCCACAUUGGCCGGGCCCUGGGCAGCGUGGCCCCCAGCAUGCUGCUCUGCAGCCUCUCAGAGGCCAUCUGCUUCUUCCUCGGGGCCCUGACGCCCAUGCCUGCUGUGAGGACCUUUGCCUUGAUCUCUGGCCUGGCAAUCAUCCUUGACUUCCUGCUGCAGAUGACCGCUUUUGUGGCCCUGCUCUCCCUGGACAGCAAGAGGCAGGAGGCUGCCCGCCCCGACAUCUUCUGCUGUCUUAAACCCAGAAAAGUGUCCCCAGCUGACCCAAGCGAGGGGCUCCUGCUGCGCUUUUUCCGCAAGCUGUAUGCUCCCUUCCUGCUGCACUGGGUCACCCGCCCUGUCGUGCUGGUGCUGUUUAUCUCCCUGUUUGGAGCAAGUCUCUACUUCAUGUGCCACAUCGAUGUAGGGCUGGACCAGGAGCUGGCCCUGCCCAAGGUGAGCCCGCUGGCCUCCCAGCCAUUGGUCCUCUGA